AUGGAUCCCAUCAAAGAAUACGGGUUUACUGCGGUCGACUCCUCGGCGACCAAGCUUUUGGCCACUGAUGCCCCGUCCACAGGACCUGUGUUCACAUCCGUUGCUGAAACGCCGGUCCCCAAGACGGCACUAGCCCAGCGCAUCAAUGACUAUGUCAAAUCUCGCCUCCCGUUGCCUGUCUACAACCACUCACUGCGUGUCUACCAUUAUGGUCUGGCGAUAAAGCGAUACCGCUUCCCCGAAUGGCACUUCUCUGACGAGACCUACUUCCUGUCUUGUCUCCUACAUGACAUAGGUACGACAGACGAGAAUCUGCAGGCAACGAAACUCAGCUUCGAGUUUCACGGGGGUCUGAUCGCUCUGGAUGUCCUCCAGAGCCCCACUCACACCUCUGUUGCUCCAAGGGAGCAAGCUGAGGGGGUGGCUGAAGCUAUCAUCCGGCACCAGGAUUUGUGUGAGAAAGGCAAGAUUACUGCCGUCGGGCAGCUUCUUCAGCUCGGGACAAUAUUCGACAACACUGGACUGUACGAAGACCUUGUCCACGAGGCUACGAUCGCGGAUGUUGUGAAGAGCUAUCCGCGGCUGAGACUGGAGUAA